UUUAUUUUGGCCAAUGAGGACGAGUCGUCCUGGAUUGAGGCUUUCGCGCUUGCUAGUGAACGAGCUCGUUACGUAGCUUGUGAGAGAGUAGCCAGUAAAAUGAAUAGCUGGCGCCCGCUGAUACUUAAUUAAUUGAAAUAACUACAGCAUGACAUAUGUCCAUGUUUUAAUAUUUCUGUAUACACGUCAAUGAUGACGCAGCAAUGGAAUAUUAGACCAAAACAUCUGUAAAGUUACAUAGCGUUAGGUCACUAGUUGGCUUGCUGGGAGGGAGCAGCCGAGAGACGGGUUGCCUCCCACGAUGUAACCAAUGUAUGUUCCAACAUACUUUUGGUAAUUCAGUGUAUGUGGACACCUGCUUGUCGAACAACUCAUUCCAAAAUCAUGGAUAUUAAUAUGGAGUUGGUCCUCCUUUUGCUGCUAAAACAGCCACCGCUCUUCUGGAAAGGCUUUGCACUACACGUUGGAACAUUGCUGCGGGGACUUGCUUCCAUUCAGCCAUGAGCAUUAGUGAGGUCAGGCACUGAUGUUUGGGGAUUAGGCCUGGCUCACAGCUGGUGUUCCAAUUCAUCCUAAAGGUGUUCAAUGGGCUUGAGGUCAGGGCUCUGCGCAGGCCAGUCAAGUUCUAUCACACCAAUCUCGACAAGCUAUUUCUGUAUGGACAUCACUUUGUACACAGGGGCAUUGUAAUGCUGAAACAGCAAAAGGCUUUCCCCCAAGCUGUUGUCACAAAAUUUGUCUAGAAUGUCAUUGUAUAUUGUAGCAUUAACAUUUCCAUUCACUGGAACUAAGGGGCUUAGCCCAGACCAUUAUACCGCCUCCACCAAACUUUACAGUUGUCACUUUGCAUUUAGGCAGGUAGCAUUCUCCUGGCAUCCGUCAAACCCAGAUUCGUCCGUCUGACUGCCAGAUGGUGAAGUGUGAUUCAUCACUCCAGAGAACGCGUUUCCACUGGUCCAGAGUCCAAUGGCUGCGAGCUUUUACACCACUCCAGCCGAAGCUUGGCAUUGCGCAUGGUGAUCUUAGGCUUGUGUGUGGCUGCUCGGCUAUGGAAACACAUUUCAUGAAGCUCCCGACGAACAGUUCUUGUGCUGACGUUGCUUCCAGAGGCAGUUUGGAACUCUUAGGUUGCAAAUUCCAUCCGACGUGUCUUUAUGUCAGAGGUUGCAACAAUAGGUCUUUCCCCCUCACAAGUGAUGAUGUUGUGGACAAGAUGCAGUACUCCAGAGACUGUACAUGAUUUCGGCCCAGAAUGCUCUGUUGAACUGACGCUGGACGUUCGCUGCACAGCGGACCAGACACGGCAUAUGACCUCACGAGACCUGCUGUCCAACCACCCUCGAGUCAUCCCUGUGACCUCCAAGAGUCGAGACAAUGAUCCCAAUGACUGUUUAACAGGAUGACAUUUUGCUGGUGAAGCUUCGAAAGGGUCACGAGCUGCGUCUCAGAGCUUAUGCCAAGAAAGGCUUUGGCAAGGAACAUGCCAAGAGGAACCCUACAGCCGGCGUAUCCUUUGAGUAUGACCCAGACAAUGCACUGAGGCACACUGUACCCACGGCCAGAGGAAUGGUGUGUUAUUUUGUAAUGUUAAGGGACAGACAAAGUAUUCUGUGAGGGAGAGUGUCACUUAUUGUUAUCCAUUAGAAUUGACCCUGCUAUUCUCUGUCUCAAGCCCCAUUUGACCCCAAUGGCAAAUAUGAGAGGUAAAUUACAUGUCUGUUAUGGAGCAUUUAGGGUGUGCAUCAUCAGCAGAAAUGGGCACGGUUAUUCAAAUAUUCAAACAGAUAUUGGUAUUCGAUUACUUGGGAGAGUAUUCAUUUUUGAGGAGAACAAAUAUAGGCUUAUUUCAACAGUAUAAGGGCUUUUUCUAAAAGGUAAUCAAAUUAUACACAGUGCCUUUGUAAAGUAUUCAGACCUCUCGACUUUUUUCACAUUUUAUGUUACAGCCUUAUUCUAAAAUUGAUUUAAAAAAAAUAAUUCCUUAGCAAUUUAUACACAAUACCCCAUAAUGUCAAAGCGAAAACAGGUUUUUAGAUAAUUCUCCUAAUUUAUGUGAUAUAUUCAACUGAUUGGACAUGAUUUGGGAAGGCACACAUGUCAGAGCAAAACCAAGCCAUGAUGUUGAGAGAAUUGUCUGUAGAGCUCUGAGACCGCAUUGUCGAUGCACAGAUCUGGGGAAGGGUACCAAAACAUUUCUGCAGCAUUGAAGGUCCCCAAGAACACAGUGGCCUCUGUCAUUCUUAAAUGGAAGAAGUUUGGAACCCUUCCUAGAGCUGGUCGCCUGGCCUAACUGAGCAAUCGGGAGAAGGGCCUUGGUCAGGGAGGUGACCAUCGGGUUGAUGGUCACUCUGACACCACUCCAGAGUUCCUCUGUGACGAUGGGGAUAACCUUCCAGAAACACAACAAUCUCUGCAGCACUUCACCAUUCAGGCCUUUAUGGUAGUGGCCAGACUGAAGCCACUCCUCAGUAAAAAGGCACAUGACAGCCCAUUUGGAGUUUUCCAAAAGUCACCUAAAGACUCUGACCAUGAGAAACCAGAUUCUCUGUUCUGAUGAGACCAAGAUUGAACUUUUUUGCCUGAAUACCAAGGAUCACGUCUGGAGGAAACCUGGCACCAUCCCUACGGUGAAGCGUGGUGGCAGCAUCAUGCUAGGGGGAUGUUUUCAGCGGCAGGGACUGGGAGACUAGUCAGGAUCAAGGCAAAGAUUAACAGAGCAAAGUACAGAGAGAUCCAUGAUGAACUGCUCCAGAGUGCUCAGGUCCUCAGACUGGGGCAACGGUUCACCUUCCAAUUAGACAACAACCCUAAGCACACAGCCAAGACAAAGCAGGAGUGGCUUCAGUACAAGUGUCUGAAUGUCCUUGAGUGGCCCGGCCAGAGCCCGGACUUGAACCUGAUCGAACAUCUCUGGAGAGACCUGAAAAUAUCUAUGCAGCAACACUCCCCAUCCAACCUGACAGAGUUUGAGGAUUUGCAGAGAAGAAUGGGAGAUACUCCCGAAAUACAGGUGUGCCAAGCUUGUAGUGUCAUACCCAAUAAGAAUCAUUGCGGUAGUCACUGCCAAUCGGUGCUUCAACAAUGUACUGAGUAAAGGGUCUGAAUACUUAUGUAAAUUUAUAUAUCAGUUUUUAUUUAUUUAUAUAAAUUAGCGAACAUUUCUAAAAACCUGUUUUUUGUUUUGUCAUUGUGGGGUAUUAUGUGUAGAUUGAGGGGGAAACAUGUUUAAUCAAUUUUAGAAUAAGGCUGUAACGUAACAAAACGUGGAAAAAGUCAAGGGGUCUGAAUACUUUCCGAAGGCACUGUAUGUGACGAUGCUACAUAGCCUACAAGGAUAGACUGUGACAUUCAACACAAUGUUGCGCCCCAUAGAAUAAGUCACCUCUAGUUUACACACAUUUCGGUCAAUCAAAGCAGCGCUACAGUCGGUCUCCAUGUGUUAACAAGCGAAGUGGGAGAUUAAUAAUCAAUGCAAAAUAGAAUUGGCUAAAUGAGAAGUAGGCGGCUACAAUGCUCAACCAACAGGUAGGCCGUUUCAUAUGAAUGGAGUUCUUGUAGACCAGUACGGGGAGCACAGCAAACUUUUCUCAAUUAGCCAUGCUACUUUAGCUAGCUAGCUGGCUAACUUAGAUGGCUACUGUAGCUGGAUAGCUUCUUUAGGUACAAAUAUUUGAUGCAGUCAAAACAUGCACUACCAGAUGGUAUGAUAACCUAUGGCAGCAAUAAGUUUGCCUAACUAGCGGGAGUCGGUUUGGCUACUUUCUCUCCCUCCGUGCACAGACUGCCACACACACUGGCCCAUGCUCCUCUCUCGCCCCACCCUUCUGCUGAAACAGAUAGCAGAUAUCUGAAAAAACAUAUGAUUUGAAUGGUGGUGAAAUCAAUUAAAAUACCCAUCCCUAAUCAUCAGUGUCCAUUCCUAUGAUGACAAUACCAGUAUGUGAUAGAGGUUUUGAUUGUUACAGCAGUAUGUGAUGAUCAAGAUGGCAGCGACGUCACGGUUAAUUUCUGUUGUCUCAAACUUUUGCAGGUUCUAUUACAAUGUGGAGACGUGUGGCUCACUGCGACCUGAGACCAUCGUCAUGUCUGCUCUGGCAGUGCUGAAAAAGAAACUGAGUGAUUUACAGACCCAGCUGAGCCACGAAAUCCAGAGUGACGUCCUCACUAUCAUCUGAGACCUGCAGUUUUAGCCUGUCCUACAACAUUGAGACUUGGAGAGCAGAUCCAGUUGCAAAUCAAACUUUUUGGAUGACAACAAACCUGAUGUAAGCAGGAAAAAAGUUUAUUCAAGAGCUCGCAGUUUUUAUAUCGUCCACCACAUUUUGUCCUUUCUCUUCGUUCUCUGCUAUGUUAAUAUUUGUCCUUUUUGUUGAAGUUGUUUGCGGGAAUAUGUUUUGAAUUGUUUAUUUUGUCUACCGAAAGAAUAAACUCAAAUUUUCAUCCAGA